UUCCUAAAGACCUCGCCGAAAGAUGUAGCAGAUAUAACAUCGACUAUAGCAGCAUCCAGCGCCUAACAAUGCUCCACACACACCUUCUCGAUCUGCUCUUGGAUCCCCCGACCCCCGUCUCCAUUGUGUACGUGCGCGACCCAAGCCCUCCUGGCGUCACCCUCAAAGUAAUCGACGAUACAUUCAAGCUGGUCCGCCGGGAAUGGCAGGAAAGCGAGACAUGCUCUAAUCUAGAGGGCUCUUUCGUGAAACCGAGGUUUGAUCCGGAGGCAAUCACAAUCACCAAAAUUGUUGCCUUUGGACUGGGAACCCUCGGCAAAAACAACCUCGGGAAACUUCCGGUCCGCUCUUAUGCCCAACAUGCUGCUACGUUGACUAUUGCCGCUGUUUUGAAGGAACGGAAUAUAAGUCGAGGUGUGGAUGUGCAGUGCUUUUCCCAGGAUCCGUGGUACAAUGAGACAGAUAUUGAGUUUCUGGGAGGUCUUGGUAUCACGGUGCUAAAAGACCCUGAGGGAUUUUUGGAGAUCGAUGAGCAGACACUGGUAUUCUCUGUCGGUCCCGAUGUUCCCGUUAGGCAGAUCGUGGCAGAUGUGCAAUGGCCGGCUGCUAUGGUUUGGAAUAGUCCGCUUUCAGAGGUACAGAUAAAUGGGGGGAUGUAUUGGGCGCGUAGUCCGAUGGAGGCUGAUCCUGAUUCAGAGAGGGUCGGUAGUAUGCUGCGCAACUAUGACGGUGCGCAACUGGACGAUCAGGCUGAUUAUUUGGGAGAGUUGACUGUUUAUGCGAGAAGGCCGCGUUCUUAGUAUACAAGCGGGGAAGGGUGUGAUAUGAAUCUGUGCUUCGGUAGUGCAUUUGACAAGAACUUUCAGUCAUCAGGGUUUUGCUUUCGAUGUGAAUAGUACUGCGGUGAAGGUUCC